AUGAAUAAAGAACAAUUAAAAGAUUUAAAUCUUGAUACACAACAAAGCAAGUUGAUUGAGAAGUUGUUUCAAUCAAUGAAGGAUGGAUCAUUGUCUGAAGAGGAUUUGCAACAACUACGAGACAGCGGGUUGACGAAAAAGUUGUUACAAAAGUUUGGUGGAGCAGACGAUUCAAACAGCUUGGAUGCGUUUAUGAACCUGACACAAUUGGAUGGCAUUACAAGACCCGUUCAAGAGGACAUCUCAUUGUUGACGUACGAGUCGGUACUCAAGCGAAUGGACCAACUCAAACGUCUGGGUAAUGAACGAUUCCAAAAGAGUCAUUAUACGUAUGCACACGCAUACUAUUAUCAACUCAUCCAACUUGGUAAUCGAUAUGGACAAGAAGUAGUUGAAAAGCAAGCAGACAUAUCGGAAGAGUUGAAACAAGAACGUUUGGCACAACUCAACAAAGUGGCAUCGUUGGCAGCAAGUAAUCUGUCUUUGACAUUUUUCAAUACCAAUCGUAUUGAAGAAUCACUAAAGUAUGCAGAUUUGGCUAUACAAUUGGACAAGAGUAAUGCAAAGGCAUACUUUAGACGUGUUCAUGCUCUUCAAUUGUUUGGUAGAAUCGGCGAGGUAAAGCAAACAUUUGAACAGGCAACCAAGGAAAUUCAAGAUGCCACCCUUCAAGAAUCACUAGAGUAUGAAAUACAUGCACAAAAGGAAAAGGAUCAACUCUUUGAAAAGAACAAACAACAUACACUCAAGCGAAUAGAAACCGAUAAACAAUAUUCACAAUUCCCAGUAGAGUUGGUUUGGAAUGAUAACAUGGGUCGUUGUAUCAUGGCAACUAGAGAUAUUAAACAAGGUGAAUUAAUUCUUCGUGUUGCUCCUUUUGGUUGUGCUCUCUCUGAUGAUCAAAUUGAUUUAAAUUGUGGUUCUUGUUUUAGAAAAAUUAAAUAUUAUAAAUCAGAAAAAUGUAAUUCAUGUAAAACAAAUUUACUUUGUGAAAUUUGUAUUAAAGAUCCAACCAUUGUUUCAAUGCAUCAAGAAGAAUGUUCUUUAAUUUCAUUUUUACAAAAACAUUAUCCAAAUGCUCAAACUAGAGAUUUUAGAUUUAUGAUUAGAGUAUUAUUAUCAGGAAGAGCAAAUAAAUUGGGUAGAAUAACAAAAGAAAAGACACCACAACUUUGGAAUCAACAACCAUUUAUUUAUGAUAGUUAUGAAGAUUUGGCAUCACUUACUACAGAUGUUUCAAAAAUUGAAAGUAAACAAUUACAAUCGUUUACAGUGGCAACCAAUUCUAUUACCAACUUUUUUGCUGCAGUAAAGGGACCAAAAUACUUGUCUGAUCCAUUCACCAAACAAGAAAUAUUUGACCUUUAUCCAAAAAUUCUAUUCAAUGCUCAUGAAUAUAUCGAUCCACUUACUCAUUAUGAAAUUGGUAGAGGUAUCUACCCAACUGCUUCUUAUAUUAAUCAUACUUGUUUACCAAAUACAACUUGGUAUAAUGAUGAUCAUGGCCUAAUAUUAUAUAGAAGUAGUAGAGAUAUAUUAAAAGGAGAAGAAAUUACAACAUCAUAUUUGGAUAUAUUAAAACCAAAAUUACAAAGACGUAAAGAUUUGAAACAAUAUUCUUUUGUUUGUCAAUGUGAAAGAUGUUUAAAUGAAAAACUUGGUUAUCUUUGUUCAGAAUGUGGAGAGGAAUUGACAGAGAAACAGAUUGAAAUUUGGGACCCAAUUCCAGAAAAACAAUUUGAUGGUCGUGUCAUUGUUUGUAGCAAGGGUCAUUUCAAACCGCUGUCAGUCUAUGAAUCUUUGGAAUCAAUUGGUGAAACUGCUUGUCAACAAGAACUUAUUCCAACAUUUAACCUAUUGUUUGCUCCUUACCAUCCCAUUCAUAUUGUUCUCUACAAAAAGAUUCUAUCCAAUAGUAUUCGUCACUUUGACGAACCUAGUAAAAUCAAAAUCAAUACCGUUACGGACCCACAACUCUUGCAACAAUACUUUGAUGCACUUUGGAAGUCAUACAAGAAUGUUUUCCAAGAUCCCGAAAAUGUCAUCAUGUUUAGUUAUGUCGAUGACCUCAGUGAACUAUUCCAACUCUACAAAAAGCUUCCAGGUGACAAUCGUGCCAAACUUUUAGAAAUUAAAGACAAGGCUGCUUUCUAUCUAGAAACUCAAACUAAAUUAUCUCAAAAUCAACUUUUAAAAGAAUUUGAAGAUUAUUUUCAAAUCUAA